AACAGAAGCCAGAAUGUCCAGUUCGGGGCGCCUGCUUCUGCUCUUGCUCCUGGCACCACCGCUAUGGCCCUUCUCGUUGCCACCGCCAGACACCCCAGAGGGCAAAGCCACCAUCUCAGACCUCAUCCUCUCGGUGCUGGAGAGAGCCACCUCCUUCCUGAAGAAGAGGCUGCCUGAAAUCGACCUGGAUGGCGUGGUGGGCUUCCGGGUGUUGGAAGUGAACCUACAAGGCGUGCAGAAGGGGUGGGCCCAGGACCCCCAGCUGCAGCCACUGAGCCUGCGCGUGGAGAAGCUGCUGCGAAAGCUGGCACCUCUCCUCCACAGAUCCAUUUCCUACCUCAAGCUGAGCGACCCCCAGUACCUAAGAGAGUUCCAGCCAACCAUCCAGCCCGGGUUUUGGAAGCUGCCGCACGUCUGGACUCACAGCACUGCCUCCAUGGUGUACCCCACGUUUGAGCCCCAGGACUCCUUCUCAGAGGAACAGAGUGACUUGUGCCUGGUGCAGCUGCUGGGAACCGGGACGGACAGCAGCCAGCCCUGCCAGCUCUCUGGCUUCUGCAAGACCCUCAUGACCAAGCUCGGCUGCUCAGGCUACUGCCUAUCCCACCAGCUGCUCUUCUUCCUCUCCGCCAGGAUGAAGGGAUGCACAACGGGGCUGUUCCACCAGAGCCAACACUAUAUGAACCUCUUCUGUGCCAACAUGAUGGAUCUGAACCGGAGAGCUGAGGCCAUUGGAUAUGCCUACCCCACCCGGGACAUCUUCAUGGAAAACAUCAUGUUCUGCGGAAUUGGUGGCUUCUCCGACUUCUACAAGCUCCCGUGGCUGGAGGCCAUUCUCAGUUGGCAGAAGCCACAGGAAGGAUGCUUCGGGAAGCCUGAUGCUGAAGAUGAAAAAUUACCUAAAGACACUCAACAACAGCGUUAUUUGAGAAGAGUAAAGAGGAGAGAAAAACAAUUUACAGAUGGCUGCUCCUCCCACAACACAGCCGUGGCUGUGGCAACCCUGGGCGGCUUCCUCUAUGUCCUGACACAGUACCCCCCAGCACAUGGAGAGCUGCGGCAUGCCACACUGGCACCACCAACCGCCACUCACGUAGAUGGUUCCAUGCCUGCCAUCCACCAGUUCGUGGAGGAAACAAAGACGUUUGCUACAUUCCACACCUAGUGGGAGAGCCUACUAAAUGCAUGAAAAAGCUACCCAGCAAGAGAAGAGGUGUCUUCAGCAAAUGUGUGCUCCACAGCUGAAGAGGGCGUGUGAACUCUCAGAGGCUCCGGGAGGAGGCCACACCCCCAAAGCCCACGCUGUCAGCCUCAGGCUUACAACCCCUCUGGCAGUUUGCAGUCACUCCCUGUUCCCACCCCCAGCCCCAGGCAGCCA